AAUUGUUAGUAAAAUUACAUAGAUUUCAGGUGUACAAUUCUGUAUUACAAAAUCAAGGUUCUAGCUUUCAUAUUUAGUGCUUAUUACAUUAUCAAAAUAAUUAAAUUAGUAAAAGGCUAUGCAUAAAAGAGUAUUGUGGGGGUGGCCGGAUGGCUCAGUUGGUUGGAGUGCGAGCUCUGAACAACAGGGUUGCCAGUUUAAUUCCCACAUGGGAUGGUGGGCUGCGCCCCCUGCGACUAAGAUUGAAAAUGGCGACUGGGAUUUGGAGCUGACCUGUGCCCUCCGCGACUAGAUUGAAGGAGGACUUGGAGCUGAUGGGCCCUGAAGAAACACACUGUUCCCUAAUAUAGUUUAAAAAAUACAACAACAACAACAAACCAGUUUGAGCAUGAUAAAAAUGAUAAGAGUGUCAUGAACAAAGUUUAUUCUUAAUCCAAUUUUGUGCACUUGACGUCCAACAAGAGAAGAGAGAGGCGGUAGAGAACCAAGCCUCCCCAGUAUAAUAGUGCCAAAAGGUAGCUUGAUAUGGGCUGUAGGAGGCGCUAUGUCUAGAGACCUAGAAGCUUGGCAAUGUUGCCUAAGUCUUGGUCAUGAGUUCCUCUUUCGUUGUGACAUAAAACAGCCCAUCCUUAGCAGAGGUCCAGCCGUGGGUCACAAUAGCUUGGAUCUGUGGUUUUCAGGGUUGGGGUAAAGGGAAGGGAUAGCUGGUGGGCGCCCCAGAGAAACUUCCUGUGUCUGUCCCAGGGCUGCCCUGCACCACCAAGCCUCGUGCAGGGAAGAGGUGAGGCCCUGCGGUGCCGGCCCUGACGCAAGGUUCUCCAGGAAAGAUGCUAAACUGCGGGGAUUAAUCAGAUCCACGGCCCAAUCUGUCCCUGGCCCCUUCCCCCGCGUCCUCUUGGCUGGUCUUUCCUGCAGAGGGCUCCACCUGGGCCGCGUCUUCCGGGAGUUGGGGCUUUGGGGUGCAUGGCGCUGACGCCGAGCCGGGCCGCGGCGCCGAACCGCUGCUACGCUCGCUAGUGCUUCCGAGGCCACCCACCAGAAGCGGGUGCCCCUCCCUCUCCUCCAGCUCCUCCUGGCCCAAUGCGGGAGGACGCCGGGGGCCACACCAGCCGGGCCAUCGGGCUUGACUUCGACGGUCGCGCGCCGCUGGCCUCGGGCCCGCUGCCAGGCAACGACGCGCUCCCCUGCGGCCCUGCGGCGGAGCUACACUCCUCCCGCCCCUCUUGCGCAGGCGGGCGCUGAUCCUCCGCCCAUCCAAGCCGGGUUUUGCUGCGGGAUCCACGCGUGCUGAUUGCUCUGUCGCUCUUGGUAGCUAUCGGCGUUUGGAGAUCAUGGUGGUGGACAAACUGUGGACUGCGCUCUCUGGCGCCUCCGGGGUUGCUCUGGCCUGCUGCUUCAUGGCAGCGGCCGUGGCCUUGCGUUGGUCUGGUCGCCGAAGAGCGAGGAGUGCGGGGGCCCGGGCGCGACAGAGACAGCAAGCGGCCCUGGAAAGCAUGGAUAAGGCGGCGCAGCGCUUCCGGCUCCAGAACCCCGACCUGGACUCAGAGGCCCUGCUGGCCCUGACCCUGCCUCAACUGGUACAGAAGUUACAAAGUGGAGAACUGUCCCCCGAGGCUGCACUCUUCACCUACGUGGGAAAGGCCUGGGAAGUGAACAAAGAGACCAACUGUUUAACCAACUACUUGGCAGACUGUGAGACUCAACUGUCCCAGGCCCCAAGACAGGGUCUGCUCUACGGUGUCCCUGUGAGCCUCAAGGAGUGCUUAAGCUACAAGAGCCAGGACUCGACACUGGGCUUGAGCCUGAAUGAGGGGGUGCCAGCAGAGUGUGACAGCGUGGUGGUGCAGGUGCUGAAGCUGCAGGGCGCUGUGCCCUUCGUACACACCAACGUCCCUCAGUCCAUGCUCAGCUAUGACUGCAGUAACCCCCUCUUUGGUCAAAGCACAAAUCCAUGGAAGUCCUCCAAGAGCCCAGGUGGCUCCUCGGGAGGUGAGGGGGCCCUCAUUGGAGCUGGAGGCUCCCUCCUGGGCUUAGGCACUGACAUCGGAGGCAGCAUCCGCUUUCCCUCCUCCUUCUGUGGCAUCUGUGGCCUCAAGCCCACGGGGAACCGCCUCAGCAAGAUUGGCCUGAAGAGCUGUGUUUAUGGACAGAUGGCAGUACAGCUCUCAGUCGGCCCCAUGGCCCGGGACGUGGAGAGCCUGGCACUAUGCAUGCGAGCGCUGCUGUGUGAGGACAUGUUCCGCUUGGACCCCACCGUGCCCCCAGUGCCCUUCAAGGAAGAGGUCUACACAAGCUCUCGGCCGCUGCGUAUAGGGUAUUAUGAGACAGACACCUAUACCAUGCCUACCCCAGCCAUGAAGCGGGCCCUGCUGGAGACCAAGCAAAGCCUUGAGGCUGCUGGCCACACGCUGGUUCCCUUCCUGCCAAGCAAUAUACCCUAUGCUCUGGAGACCCUGUCCACAGGUGGGCUGUUCAGUGAUGGUGGCACCACCUUCCUACAGAACUUCAAAGGUGAUUUCGUGGACCCUUGCUUAGGGGACCUGAUCUUGAUUCUGAAACUGCCUAGCUGGCUUAAAGGACUGCUGGGUUUCCUGCUGAGGCCUCUGCUCCCAAGGCUAGCAGCCUUUGUCAGCAACAUGAAGUGUCGGUCUGCUGAAAAGCUCUGGAAACUGCAGCAUGAGAUCGAGGUGUACCGCAACUCCGUGAUCACCCAGUGGAGAGCACUGGACCUGGAUGUGCUGCUCACCCCCAUGCUAGGCCCUGCUAUGGACUUGAACUACCCAGGCAAGGCUGCAGGGGCUGUCAGCUACACUAUGCUCUACAACUGCCUGGACUUCCCAGCGGGGGUGGUGCCUGUCACCACGGUGACCAUCGAGGAUGAGGCCCAGAUGGAACAUUACAAGGGCUACUUUGGGGAUAUCUGGGACAAGAUGCUGCAGAAGGCCAUGAAGAAGAGCGUGGGGCUGCCUGUGGCCGUGCAGUGCGUGGCUCUGCCAUGGCAGGAAGAGUUGUGUCUGAGGUUAAUGCGGGAGGUGGAGCGACUGAUGACCCCUGAAAAGCGGCCAUUCUGACUGUUGCCUGCCCAGCUGCCUGGCUGACUCUGGACAACCUGAGACCAUUACAUCUGCACCCAGUCUAGUCAGGGCACAGCUGCCACCCUGAGAGGAAAUGUUCAGCCUGGGGGCAGAGACUUUCAUGUCCCCUCUUUCUCCUCUCUACAAGAAGCCCAGACCCCUUGAGUCUGAACCUUGCACCCCCAUCUCUGCCCUGGUCCCCAUUCUCUGCCCUGACUCCCCCUAGUGGUUAUGACAUGGACAAAGGCUCACUAACCAUUAAAUGGUUUCUAGUCUGUGUA